UUUUAAAAAUUUUAAAAAUUUAAACCUCACGUACGUGACAUUAGAACGGUGGUGGCUGGCAGUGCUCUCAUUCUCAGUUAGAAUCUUCAUUUUGAUAGAAAAUCGAGAGAAAAUAAUAUGAAUUGCGGCGAUUUGUAGAGAAGUAGAGGGAAGGCAUGUUCUUGAAUCUUCCUUCACUCACCGUUCGAUCCAUCAAUCUUCCAUUUUUCCUUUCAUCGGUUCGGUUACCGAAUUGUUCAUUCAGGUUGAAGAAAUUUUCUAGGUCUGCGUUCGUCCAUAUGGGUCAAGAAGUUCUGAAUCCUUUUAUUAGAAGGCGCGCGCAGUUUCGUUUGUGCAAUGUAUCAGGUUACACUAAUGAAUUGCCGGAGAUUCAUGCGGAUGAUCCAUCGUUGCACGUAUUGUUCAUACCUGGAAAUCCAGGGAUUGUUUCGUUUUAUAAAGAUUUUGUUGAAUCCCUGUACCAGUUGCUUGGGGGCCGUGUAUCUAUUACAGCUAUUGGUCAUCUAUCUCAAACGACGAAGGAUUGGGAAGGUGGAAGGUUAUUUUCAUUACAAGAACAAAUUGAUCAUAAGAUAGAAUUUGUCAGACAAGAAUUACAGAAUAAAGACAUUCCAUUGCUACUGGUUGGGCAUUCUAUUGGAUCGUAUAUCUCGAUUGAAUUGUACCGCAAGUUCCAAGAUCAGGUGGUGUAUUGUAUUGGAUUGCAUCCAUUUAUGAUGGUGAACAGACAAUCUCGUCAGCAAUUUUUAAUUGGAAAACUUGCAGGAUCCCGUCUUCUAUCAACUUUGGUUUCAUCUUUUGUCGCACUGUUGGGUGUAUUACCGAGCCGAGUUUCAAGUUUUGUUGUGAGUAAAACUAUUGGGAAGUCAUGGUCCAGAACUGCAAGUGAGGCUGCUUGCACUUAUUUGCUAAAGUACCAUGUCAUGCGAAAUAUUCUAUUUAUGGCUUUGUCAGAGUUCGAGAAGCUUUCAGAAACACCAGAUUGGGCAUUCAUGAAGAAAUCAAGUCGGAAAUUAUCAUUUUUGUUCUGUAUGGAUGACCACUGGGCUCCAAUGCAUGUAUUUGAGGAGAUAUGGAAGCAGAUCCCUGAAAUGGAUGUAUCAGUUGAAAGGGAAGGUCAUACACAUGCAUUUUGCUGCUCUGAAGCUGGCUCACUCUACAUUGCUCAACAUGUGGCAAGCUUGAUCAAGAACCAUAUCUCAGAUUAAGUAGCAACGCAUGCUUUUCGACAAUGAACGUCUCCCCAUACACUAUCAUUCCUAUAGAAACCUCAUGUCGUCGAACAGAAAAAUAGAAGGUAAGGAAGGAACAAUGGAAGCACACGUUGGGGGUUACUGAGAUGGUUCGAAUAAGUGUCGAAUAUCAGAAUGUUUAUAGGUUCAUCCAAGAAAUCAUCUGUAUUAUUUGAAACUCAUAGAAUUAAUCUACUUUGAAAUCAUAAAUAAGUGAUAAAUGUUACCAUUUUUUACCUUAA